CACACUCCCCAUCCCACUCCCCCUCCCUCCCUCCAUUCUCGCCGCCGCCGCCGUCUCCUCCUCCUCCGCCGUCUUCUUCCUGUCGUCGCUGCUGACCGAAAUUCCGGAAAUGACCUUGAGCUUGUGCUCGGGCUCGCCCUGCCUCUCCCGCUUCCCUCACUCCUCCUCCCUUCACCUCUCCCGAUGCUGCUCCCCGACCACCAACACCGCCCUGCUAUCCAUACUCCUCUGCAGCAGCGGCAGCAGCCACUGCCCCGCGGCCCCGCGCCAUCUCCGGGAUUCCGCCGCUCCUUCUCCCCCCGCCGUUUCCCGGCGCUCCUCCUUCGAGAGCAGGGCCUCGCUGAGCGAGAGCGAGAGCAGCGUCGCCGGCGAGCCGUCCUCCUCCUCCUCCUCCUCCUCGUCGGCGGUUUUGAGCGACGAGGUGGUCGGCGAAGCGUCCGGCGCUGGGGACGCCGACGAGGCGCUGCGGAUCAUCGCGGAGAAGGCCGGCGGGAGGGGCGGCGUGGUCGGCGUGUCGGAUUGCUGCUCGAUCACGAGCGCGGCGCUUGAGCGCGGCAAUGCCGGGUUGGCUCUGUCCGUGUUCUACGCCAUGCGCGCGACUUUCGAUCAAGGUCCAGUUGAAGACGGUACUUAUGUCGACCGGUGGAGAUGGUCCAGGCCUGAUGUGCGCUUAUACACACUGUUAGUUCAGGGUCUUGCAGCAUCACUAAGGGUUUCUGAUGCUCUACGUGUGAUUGAUAUCAUAUGCCAAGUAGGGGUUUCUCCCGGUGUGGAGGUCCCUUUCGGGAAGGUUGUGAGAUGUCCAAGUUGUAUGAUAGCUGUCGCUGUUGCACAACCCCAAGAUGGUAUUCAAAUUGUUUCCUGUGCCACCUGCCGUUACAAGUAUGAGCUAUUUUCUGGUGACAUUAUUAGUAUUGACUCCGAAGAGAUCAGCAUGGAUGUUCCAGCAUGGAAACGGGGGCUAAGAUUUCUGAAUUUAACAAAGCAACCUAUCCCUGCUGCAGUUCACUCUGUUGUGGUACAGACCCCUUCUGGUGUGGCGCGCACCCACCGGUUUGCCACUGAAACAGCUACUCUUCCUGCUCAAGCAGGAGAUAGAGUAACUAUGGCUUUAGCAGCUCCAUCCAAUGUUUACCGGGAGGUGGGUCCAUUUAAGUUUAGCCCAAAGGCUCCCAACUUCUACCCCAGUGAGCCCAUGUGCCUCACGAACCACAAAGAUGGGAGGGAAUCACUACUUUUAAGAGCACCUGCAAAAGACGGAAAUGCAUUGUUAUUCAAUCCGUCUGUCCUUUUUCCACUUCUAGCUGUGCUGGCCACUGGAGAUGCUGCAUCUGGAUUUAUUGAUCCCAGCUUGCCUCAGCUCCUUUCAGUUGGUGCAGUUGCAUCUCUCACAGUUGGGGCUACUUUAAAUGUUCUGGUUUUUCCCCAAUUAAACAGACUUCCGCAAAGAUCAGUCGAUGCAACUGCAAUCAAGCAGCAACUUCUGUCUCAAUAUGCCGUACUCCAGUCUCGCAUCAAAGAGCUGAAACAAGCUGCUGAAAAAGAGGUAUGGAUGUUAGCUCGCAUGUGUCAACUUGAAAACAAGAUUUAUGCUGUUGGAGAACCUUCUUACCGGGCACGGAAAAGUCGAGUCAGAAGGGUGCGAGAAGGCCUGGAAAACUCAUUGAGGGGACGGAUUGAGUUAAUUGAAAGUUAUGCAAGAAUAUCUUCAAUGAUUGAAAUUGAGGUAGAAAUGGACUUUGACGUUCUGGCAGCUGAAGCAGCAAGCAAUGUGGAAAGUGUUGCUGAACAAAUACAGCAGAUAAUGGAGAUAGAAAAACUUGAAGAGAAAUGGAGGCUACAAGCUGAAGCAAAUGAUGAAGCUGAAAGACUCCUCAGUUCCCAACCCAUAGCUACAGAACAGGAUUAAACUAUAUAUUACUUAUUACCCAAUUUUGGCAUCAGAUGCAGAUUCUUCUACCUGCUUCAUGAUUUUUUGCCAGAUCAUUCAACGUCAGCUGGCGAUCUUCUUUGCACAAGCCAAGUACACACCGUGCUGAACGGUUUUUCUUCCCAUAAUGAUGAUUACUGGUCGUAAAGUUCAGAAUCUUUUACCAGUUCUGUGGGAAAAAAAGUGACAUGAAAGUAGGCACUUCUUAUACAAGGUAACUCCAUGAGAUUCGGCUCCUACUAUUUCCUUUCUAGCUGUUUAAGUAACCGAGUCUGGGCUAAGGAGGCUUUGUUCUUAGAAUGUUGUUACAGUCAAAUUGAAUCUCCUCUCUCUUCUCAUCAAUGCUGUUCCACAAAGAACAAAAUGUUUCUGUUUGUAAAAAAAAAAGCUCCUUCUCAAUUCUUUCAAAAUAAAUCAUGGAAUCGCCUUCGCAA